GGAGGUGAAUAAUUAAGUGGGGGACCAACUGACUGUGUGAGGGUUACCUAUUAAAACCAACCUCGGCUCUUAACCACUCUUGUUCCCAAAUUGCUUCCUUCCUUUCUAGGGUCUGAUAGAUUCACUUCUGAUCCUGCAAUAAAGGGCAAUCAUGGAAGGAGAGGCUUCAGCUGAGUUUCAAGACUGGGAGCUCCUAGUAAACUCCGAUACCGACGUGAUUAAUUCCCCCAAUUCCGCCAAUAAUUCAAGGAAUUUUGAUGAUGUUGAGGCUGAUUCUGAAGGUGUGCUCAGGUUAGAUUAUUUCUCCCCUGAAAAUGAUAAUGGAUAUGCCAAAACUUUUGCUGAUGCCAGUGAAGAGGUUUCCGUUGAGUCUGAUAAUCCCAGUUGGAUUGAUCCCGGUUUGGAGAGUGGAGAUCAGAGGAGGAAUUUUGGUGAAUUCUGGUCCGAUUUGCGGAGUGAUCGGUCUGAUGAGCGGAAAUCUAGUGAUUUCGAUGUGAAAAAAGAGGUGGGUUUUGUGGAGAACGUGAAAACCGAAGGUAGUUCUGAAGGGACUGGAGAAUAUAAAGAUAAUGGUGAGGAAGGGAAAUUCGAGUCUCAUAAGGGUACUUUUAAUAAUUUGGAGGGUAAAACUGAAAUAAGCUUGGAGGAGAAUGUAAAAAACCAGACAGGUUUUGAAGAAUUUGAAGAAAACUGUACUAAGGAUAAGGAUUUGUGCAAGUUCUGGUCGGAUGCAAGUGCUGAUAGUCUGGUUUUUGGUGAUACUGGGAAGAUGAAUGAAGGUUCUGAGUUUUUGGGUGAGUCCAACUCUGGAAAUGCUCGGGAAGAUGAAAAUUUGAGCGUUGUUGCAGUUGGAGACAGAAAACCAGGAGGUGAUGAGGAGAAGAGGAAGGUAGUUUGGUGGAAGGUUCCUUUUGAUUUGUUGAAAUAUUGUGUUUUCAGGAUCAGUCCUGUUUGGACUUUCUCUAUGGCUGCAGCUGUAUUGGGAUUUGUUAUCUUGGGGCAGAGAUUGUACAAGAUGAAGCGCAAGACAAGGAGCUUGCCACUUAAGGUUGCUUUGGAUGACAAGAAGGUGUCUCAGUUCAUGAGUCGUGCUGCACGACUUAAUGAAGCAUUCUCAGUGGUGAGGCGGGUGCCUAUUGUUCGGCCUUUGUUGCCUGCAGCUGGGACGAGUUCAUGGCCUAUAACAACUUUGAGGUGAAAAAAAACGAAAACUGUUGUGGAGUAGCUACAAUGAUUGGCUGCUGAUUGGGUGAAUUCAUGUUAAGUGAUGAUUUUUGAGAUAAAAAUUGUUGUGGAGUAGGUAUAAUGGGGAAGCAUGGGGAAGCAUCAAGUAAACAUGCUUAAGAGUUAAAUAUCCAUCUUGCUUUGCUCUGUAAGUAACGUGAGUGUUUAAGAUGUUCUUGUGUGUAAACUUGUUCGUGUAUAAAUGCCAAACCGAUUUAUGUCAAAUGGCCUGAUUGGGUACAAGGUCAAAGAAGCUAUUAUGUAUUCUUGUUAUCAUGUUGGGUAUGUGUAAUUAGCGUUGUAAUGUUUGUACUUUAAAAUGAGCAUAUGGUAAUUUCUAUUCCUUCA